CGAUGCCCAGUAACUGUGUGCGGGGAUAUUCAUGGUCAAUUUGUGCGUUCCUGUUUAUUCUUGUAAUCUGGACCGCUGAUCUUGUCUUGUGUGCAUAUUGUGCUCCUUGUACUUCGUUUUGGCAGAAACUUGCCAGAUGCCAACUACCUCUUCAUGGGCGAUUACAUCGAUCGACUUUUGCUUGUGGCACUCAAGUUAUGGUAUCACGACCACGUCACAAUUCUACAGGGAAACCACAAGUCU